GACCCUGUGGGCAUUGAAAUCCAACUCACUCAUGCUUAUUUCCUGUAAUGGACAAACUUGAUGCUAAUGUGAGUUCCGAGGAGGGUUUCGGGUCAGUGGAGAAGGUCGUGCUGCUCACGUUUCUCUCGACGGUUAUCCUGAUGGCCAUCUUGGGGAACCUGCUGGUGAUGGUGGCUGUGUGCUGGGACAGGCAGCUCAGGAAAAUAAAAACAAAUUAUUUCAUUGUAUCUCUUGCUUUUGCGGAUCUGCUGGUUUCGGUGCUGGUGAUGCCCUUUGGUGCCAUUGAGCUGGUUCAAGACAUCUGGAUUUAUGGGGAGAUGUUUUGUCUUGUUCGGACAUCUCUGGACGUCCUGCUCACAACAGCAUCGAUUUUUCACCUGUGCUGCAUUUCUCUGGAUAGGUAUUACGCCAUCUGCUGCCAGCCUUUGGUCUAUAGGAACAAGAUGACCCCUCUGCGCAUCGCAUUAAUGCUGGGAGGCUGCUGGGUCAUCCCCACGUUUAUUUCUUUUCUCCCUAUAAUGCAAGGCUGGAAUAACAUUGGCAUAAUUGAUUUGAUAGAAAAGAGGAAGUUCAACCAGAACUCUAACUCUACGUACUGUGUCUUCAUGGUCAACAAGCCCUACGCCAUCACCUGCUCUGUGGUGGCCUUCUACAUCCCAUUUCUCCUCAUGGUGCUGGCCUAUUACCGCAUCUAUGUCACAGCUAAGGAGCAUGCCCACCAGAUCCAGAUGUUACAACGGGCAGGAGCCUCCUCUGAGAGCAGGCCUCAGUCGGCAGACCAGCAUAGCACUCACCGCAUGAGGACAGAGACCAAAGCAGCCAAGACCCUGUGCAUCAUCAUGGGUUGCUUCUGCCUCUGCUGGGCACCAUUCUUUGUCACCAAUAUUGUGGAUCCUUUCAUAAACUACACUGUCCCUGGGCAGGUGUGGACCGCUUUCCUCUGGCUCGGCUAUAUCAAUUCCGGGUUGAACCCUUUUCUCUACGCCUUCUUGAAUAAGUCUUUUAGACGUGCCUUCCUCAUCAUCCUCUGCUGUGAUGAUGAGCGCUACCGAAGACCUUCCAUUCUGGGCCAGACUGUCCCUUGUUCAACCACAACCAUUAAUGGAUCCACACAUGUACUAAGGACAGAUUUUCUGUUUGGCAGAGACAUUUUAGCACGGCAUUGGACAAAGCCUGUCAGAGUGGGUCCAUUCUCAGGCACAUUGAGCAUUAGAUGUUUGACUGCAAGGAAGCCUGUCUUGGGGGAUGCAGUGGAGUGUGGUGGCCAGUGGGAGAGUCAGUGUCACCCGCCAGCAACUUCUCCUUUGGUGGCUGCUCAGCCCAGUGACACUUAGGCCCCUGGGACAAUGACCCAGAAGACAGCCAUGCCUCCGAAAGAGAGCCAGGUCCUAAGCUGCUGCUUGUGUGCGACUGUACCCGGUAUUCUCUUCACCUGAGGCCUUCCGUCCGCCGGUGCAGGAACCCGGUGCUCGCUGGGCUUUUCCUCUGAGAUUCCAGCAGGUGGCG